GCCUAAAAUGUAUCCACAUCACCAGUAUUGCACUGUCAAUUCCGCCGUUUUUCUGUGCACACGAGAACGCCAAAGUGCUUUGAGCGCGGUUUGCAGUAUCCACCUCACAUCCUUUCUUUUGAAGGUGAUGCGGUGACCUGCAAAACGAACAUGUCUGAAAUUUAUGGUUUUGUACUUUUUAUCUAGUGUUUGUGAAUAGUUCCAUCUGUAGCAAGUGCAGGUGACUGUAAAGAAACCCAUUCUGGGCCCCCUUAGGUAGUAAGUGUGGGCAACAAGUCGAGCCGCCAAUUGCCACCAGCAUGCAUAUGUACGAUCCGCCGACAAAAAAUAACUUCUCUUCCGUAGAAGAAUUCCAGGAGGCAUUCAACCUGUUCGAUAACCGUGGCGAUGGCAAGAUCCAGCAGCAGCAAAUUGGCGAGUGCCUGCGGGCCCUCGGCCAAAAUCCGACCGAGUCGGACGUGAAAAAGUUCACCAUGCAGCUGAAACCGGACGAACGGGUCUCGUUCGAGGUGUUUCUGCCGAUCUACCAGGCCAUCUCGAAGCAGCGCACCGCCGAAACGGCGGACGACUUCAUCGAGGGAUUGCGCCACUUCGACAAGGACGCAAGCGGUUUCAUUUCGUCUGCCGAGCUGCGACACUUACUCACGACGCUUGGAGAGAAGCUGGGUGACGACGAGGUCGAACAGCUGCUCCAGAACCAGGAGGACUCGCAGGGUAACGUGAACUACGAGGAGUUCGUACGGAUGGUGAUGAGCGGUUAGAGGUGGCCGUUGGACAGCCGAAUGCAGGAGCAAGGUUUGACGGUUUUGACACGCAAAGAAAGCGGUGUCCCACACGUUUCCAUCCGCCCAGCGACCCCACUGGGCAGUGCGCCAACAAACCAAUUGACUUUUAGCUAUAGGGGAGAAGAAUGGAGAAAGAAAGACGGAAGGUUCGAGAGACAGGGCGGGUAACAUUUACUUAAACUACUUCAUUCCCCGCACCUUACGAGGGCGCAUUUGUUUACUAAUCUGCACUUGUUCAUGAAUCGCUUCUUUGUGAAAAUUCAUGAUAACGUUCAAUUACUGUAUUCCAACACGCAGCUGCACGGUAUCUAACAAUGUUCGCGAAAACAAUGCCAACAGGUCCCAUUUUUUCGUGGUUUCGCGAGAUAAACGAUUUGAUUUGAGCACAAAUACGAUUAUGUGUGUUUUGGUACGGUCCAGCGUAAAGUAUUAAAUUUACUGUGACAAUAAGAGCCGUGAUUCUUUUGUUUGCAUUUUUUGUCUCCAUUAUUUUUGCCAAUAGGUUUAACAUGCUUUGCUUUGGAGAUUUUGCACACCGUAACCUGUAAUGCAAUUUCUUUUCGUUGAUUAAAUGUACACCAUUAAGAGAAGAGAUGAAGCAUCCGUUGUUGGGAUAUCUAAGCUUCGGAUUCCGAUUACUGAAGGGUACUGAAUACACAAUAAACACACUCCACAAUA